AUGAAAUUCACUGCUACCUUUGGCAUUGCCGCCCUAUUCUUGGCCCCGUCUGUCGUAGCCUGGAAGUUGCCUCACGCCGACAAGACCUCCGCUGCUACUCCUACCGGUUCUCCUCCUGGUGGCUUCCCUGGCGGUUUCCCACCCGGAACUCCAUCCGGAACCCCAACUGGCACUCCAAGUGACAUCCCGACUGGAUGGCCCACUGGAUGGCCUACUGGAUUUUCCUUUGAUCGCCGAGCAGCUGGUCACGGACCUGGCCACGAAGGACACGGUCAUGGAUCCAAGCCCACCGGCGCUCCUUCCAGUACCCCUGCCCUCGAGCCUUCUGGAUUCCCCGAGUCUACCGGUGCCCCCCUUGGAUUCCCGGGUGGCUUCUCAGGCAGCCAGUCCUCUAGCGGUUCCUUCACCACUCUGCCUAUCGCGACCGUGACUGCCCUUCCUGCUGGUGAGCAGGGAGACUUUGCUCGUCAUCAUGCCCGUCAGAUGUUGUACUAG